UUUUUUAUUAUUUAUUUAAAUAUUCAAAAGGGCAAAAGCAAUGGCAGAAUCUCCAAAACCACAAGAGAAAAGGAGGAAUUUAUCUUCCCUGGCGUCGUCCGCUGGUUCUCUGACUGAGGAGCUCCAGUGUUACAUCUGUCUGGAUGUGUUCACUGAUCCAGUCUCCACUCCAUGUGGACACAACUUUUGCAAGAUGUGUCUGAAAAGAUGCUGGGACAGUGGGCAUGACUACAGCUGCCCAAUUUCUAAAGAAUCAUUCAACCAAAAACCUAAGCUCAAGGUCAACACCAGAGAGAUUGUAGAUCACUACAAAAAGAAGAAUCAUCUGAAAAUACCUACAGUGUUGUGUGAUAUCUGUACAGAGACAAAACAGAGAGCCCUGAAGUCAUGCCCUGCAUGUCAGAGCUCUUUCUGUGAGGCUCACCUGGAGCGUCAUUUGAGGGUUCCAGGUUUAAAACAACACAGACUUAUAGAUCCUGUAAGAAAUCUCCAGGAUCAUUUGUGUCAGAAACAUGACAGACCUCUGGAGCUGUUCUGUAGAGAUGAUCAGACAUGUGUGUGCGUGAUCUGCACUGUGACCAAACACAAGGCUCACAACAGUGUUCCUUUAGAGCAAGAGACUGAAGAGAAAAAGAGUCAGCUGAUAAAGACUCAGACAGAUGUGCAGCAAAUGAUCCAGGACAGAAUGAAGAAGAUUGAACAAAUCCAACACUCAGUAAAGCUCAGAAAAAAUAACACUGAAAAAGAGAGAGCAGAAGCGAGAUGUCAGUCUGAGCUGCUGGAGGUGAUGGAGCAGAAGCAGACAGCUGCAGAGAAUCAGGCUGAAGAGCUGAUUAAAGAGCUGGAGCAGGAAAUCACUGAACUGGAGAGGAGAAACACUGAGCUGGAGCAGCUCUCACACACUGAAGAUCACCUGCACCUCCUACAGAUUUAUCCAUCCCUGUGAAGGCCUUUAGACACCAAGAUCUGGACUGGGAUCUGUAUUAAUACUUGUGUGAGUGUGGAGACUCUGAGAAGAGCUCUACUGCAGAAGACUCUAGAUGAUAGUCAAACAGUGUUGAAGAGAAUACAGCAGUACUCAGUGGAUGUGACUCUGGAUCCUGACACAGCUCACCCUGAACUGAUCCUGUCUGAAGAUGGAAAAAUACUCCCAGACUAUGACAAGAGAUUUGAUAAAAAUGUGAUUGUCCUGGGAAACAAGGGCUUUUCAUCUGGGAGGUUUUAUUUUGAGGUGCAGGUUAAGGGAAAGUGAAAGACCGAGUGGAGUUUAGGUGUGGCAAGAGAAUCCAUUAACAGGAAGGGGGCGCUCAACCUGUGUCCUGAAAGUGGUAAUUGGACUUUGUGGCAAAGUAACUCAAAAGAGUAAAAAGCUUGUGAGUCUUCCCCUGUCUCUCUCUUUCUGAAUGUGACGCUUCAGAAGGUGGGUGUGUUUGUGGAUUAUGAGGAAGGCUUGGUCUCCUUUUAUGAUGUGGAGUCCAGAACUCAUAUCUACUCUUUCACUGGUCAGGCUUUCACAGAGAAACUCUAUCCAUUUUUAAGCCCUUGGACUAAUGGUGCAGGUAAAAAUUCAGCACCACUAAUCAUAUCAUCUGUUAAUUACAAUGAAUGACAUAUAACUAAAAAUGAUUUUUAUAAUCAUGAAUCUGAAAUAUAUAUGUACUUUUAUUUAAAUAAUGAAAGUGUGUACAUUCUAAAUAACAGAUCGUACAGCUCUAAAUAAUACAGUAAAUGUUCAGCAUUUUUGCAAUUAUUGUAUGCAUGUUUCAAAUAUUUGCUCAAGAAUUUUCUUUCUUUGCUCUUCUCUCUCUGUCAAAGUGAAAUGAUGUGAUACUGACCUGUGAACAGUCAUUCCUGUGAUGCACAUUUCUUCUCUUAUCACAUGGCACAAUAAUAA